AUGAAGAUCGUCACCGCCACGGUCCUCUUCUUUUGCCUCGCGCAGGCUCUUUUGGCCUGCGCUGGACAUCUGGGCGCCAACGACAAUAUUGAUCUGCUCGAUGACGAUGCAGACUACGAGGCUCUGGCAAGUGAUGGUGAUAUUGUCAUCAUUGCUUCGGAUGGCGAUCCCGAGGAAGCUCUUGCCGCCGCGAAGGCGUAUCCACCCCUCGAUCUCCAGCAAUUACGCCUCGAUGCCGGCAGGGAUGACAGGGUCUGUCCGCAGCCUGUGUCUAUGGAGGACUAUUUCCGCAUGAUGGUCGACGCUCCACCCGUCAGCGACUUCGACGUUGCUGUCACCUGUGGUCCUGUUUACCAUGACGAAUAG